GCGCGGCCGCCGCCUGACACCUCCCAGCGCCGGGCGCGCGGGGCUGCGAGCAGCGGGUAGCGGGCAGCGGCAGCAGCUCCUCGUCGGCGGGACCGCGACCCCAUCGCUCCUCGGCACCGCUCGGCUCCGCUCGGCUGCAUCGCGCCGCCUUCGCCAUGUCGGUGGCCGGGCUCAAAAAGCAGUUCCAUAAAGCGACCCAGAAAGUGAGUGAAAAAGUAGGAGGUGCAGAAGGAACCAAGCUAGAUGAUGACUUCAAAGAAAUGGAAAGGAAAGUGGAUGUUACCAGCAGGGCAGUUAUGGAAAUAAUGGCGAAGACAAUAGAGUAUCUUCAGCCCAAUCCAGCUUCCAGAGCUAAACUCAGUAUGAUCAACACUAUGUCAAAAAUUCGAGGCCAGGAAAAAGGACCGGGUUACCCUCAGGCUGAAGCCUUGCUGGCAGAUGCAAUGCUGAAAUUUGGCCGAGAACUUGGAGAAGAAUGCAACUUUGGACCAGCACUUGCAGAUGUGGGAGAAGCAAUGAAGGAGCUCUCUGAGGUCAAAGACUCUUUAGACAUGGAAGUUAAACAAAACUUCAUUGACCCACUUCAGAAUCUCCAUGACAAAGAUCUGAGAGAAAUACAGCAUCACCUAAAGAAAAUGGAAGGUCGGCGUCUGGAUUUUGAUUACAAGAAGAAAAGACAGGGCAAGCUCCCUGAUGAAGAGCUUCGCCAAGCUCUAGAGAAGUUUGAUGAAUCAAAAGAAAUUGCUGAGUCAAGCAUGUUCAACCUUCUGGAGAUGGAUAUUGAACAAGUGAGCCAGCUUUCUGCUCUUGUACAAGCCCAGCUGGAGUACCAUAAGCAGGCGACACAGAUCCUUCAGCGAGUUACUUCUAAGCUUGAAGACAGAAUAAAAGAGGCAUCAUCUCAGCCCAAAAGAGAAUACCAACCCAAACCUCGCAUGAGCCUGGAUUUCACAACUGGUGGUGACAAUACCCAGCACAAUGGAGGAAUAUCCCAUGCCACCACUCCAAAACCAGCAGGUGCUCACAUGGAUCAGCCAUGCUGCCGAGCUCUGUAUGACUUCGAACCAGAAAAUGAAGGGGAGCUGGGAUUUAAGGAGGGUGAUAUCAUUACCCUCACUAACCAGAUUGAUGAAAACUGGUAUGAAGGAAUGCUUCAUGGCCAGUCAGGUUUCUUCCCCAUCAAUUAUGUUGAUAUUCUAGUUCCUUUACCCAAUUAAGAUAGCUGAUCAACCACCUCUGUUCCAGAUAGUAAUGUCAGUACCACUGCUUUCAAAAUGCUGCUUCUUACACCUUACAAGUGCAAAUUGCAGUGGUUAGAAUCGUCAAAUCCCACUGAGCAUCUUUGGUUUAUGUGUUGUUAUACUAUGUAGUGGUGAUGUGUGGUAUCUUCUGAGCCAACAUAGUAUGGGUUAGACCACUUGACCACACUGGCCUGGUGGUAGCCAGAGUACUGCUGAGAUGAUGCUGGGAAGAUGAUAGCAAGCCAAACAGGUAACUCAUGGUGAAGUAGCAGGAAGUGAAGAUUGUAUUGGGAAGAUAAUGCCUAUCACCACUGUAUUACUUUUCAGUCUUAGUUCUCUAUAAAAAGAGGGAAAAGUUCUUGCCAUUCCAUCUUUCCCUUCCUAGUGAUACAGUUCACAUGAGUUUAACCAUGACUAACAAGAAUUGUAUCUUCUGACCAAAAUGGCUUGCUAUUCUCGCAGAGACAGUAUAAAUGUAGACUCUCUGGUUUCUCAGAAAGUGAACCACUGUACUUGUGCCCUUCUGGUCCCUGCUCAUUUUUGUAUUUUUGAUUGUUAUUAAAAGACCUAUUUCCAUCUAUAGGUAAACUUUGAACCAUAAUAAGGGGAUUCCUAUAGUAAAAAGCUUGAACCAUGAAUUCAUGAAACUACAUGAAUUUGCCCUUCAGAAACCUUGAGCAUGCUCAAUAAAAUGCCAGUAGAAGGGCAAGAUGGGGGAUAAAAUUGUUAUUAGUUUUAACUGUUAACUGUUUCUUGUCAAGUUUUGGCACAAAAUCAUGCUGCUUAAGCACCAGAUAGUCUUUGUAAACUCAUUCACUGUGGAGGAAAACCAACCAAAUACAAUCUUCCCUACUUUUAUUUCUGUCUGCCAUGUGUUCUUCGAACAUCAUUUGUGUGUAUUCUGCCCUCAAUGAGGACUAAAUAAAACUUAUUUCUUUCUGUGUUGAGCAAUUAAAGACAUGUGGCUGUAUAUGCAAAAACAUUUCCCCAUAUGUUUAGUUCACUUCUUUCCUCCUUACUGCACUUGGUGUGUACAGUGCUGUGCCUAGCUUCUCAGCGUUCUUUCAGAUGCAAAAGUUCUAUUAGUUUAGUAACACAAAGUUCUAUUUAUCUAAACUAUAGAGACUCUUUCAAAGGUUUAAUGUGCUGCUUUGAACGUGCCACUUCAGUACUGGAUGAUGUGAAAUGAUGACAAUUCCCUAUUGCUUAAUAUAUAAACUGUAUAAUGGAAUAUUGAUAUUUCAAAUAAAUACUGAGAGAAUAACUGGAAUAAUUUUGUGAAUUAUUAUUUUAUUGUUUAAAAACAUUUUGUGCUUAACUUUGGCUAACAAGAAUUUUGUUUCAGAAAACGUGUUUCACAAGCCUGACUUGAAAAUGUGAAAAAAAGAUAUUUUUGUAUUAUUCUAUAUCUAUCUUCUCUGAAUUUAAACCCAUAUAUGUAAAAUGAUCUUCAUAAAUAGGGUAGGCUGAACAUCAAGCACAUAAAGUUAAUGUCGUUAUGACCAGCAUGCAACAUUGUGGAGACAGGUUACUUCCUAUUAAAGUGUGCUGCAUUUCAAAAAAUACCAGGUAAUGCUUAGGCUUACUUAGUUUGUAAUUGUAUUUUGAAGGUUUUGUAUCAGAGUUAAAUAGGGUUUAUAUUCUUUGUUGUACAGAUAUGAUCAUAGGUUAGCCUUGGCAAAGAACUGGACAUCCAUCCAGUGGUUUGUUCUUGGUCCCUUCUCAGUGGGCUGGGAGAGAAAAUGGGAAGAGAAAGCUUGUGAGCCAAGAUAAAUACGGGGAGAUCAUUUGCUUGUUACUGUCACUGACAAACUGACUUUAUGGGGUUUAUGUGUCAAGGUUUUGGUAGCAGGGGGGUUACAGGGGUGGCUUCUGUGAAAAGAACCUAGAAACUGUCCUGUUUUAGAUACGAGCCAGUUCCAGCUGUCUAGAAAACUCACUGCUGGACAGUGAGAGACACUCUUGUGCCUCUGGGAGAGCACUCUCAAGACAUGGAGAAAGGGCUAUACAGCAGCAGCAACUUUGUAAAGGAUGGGAAAUAUUUAUGAAGCUGUGUUGAAGCACUGCUUGGAUUGCUGAAGCCUGUGGGAAGCCCACGUGGGAUUAGUUUGGGAAGGACAGCAUUCCAUGGUGGAGACCCACAUGGAGCAGGGACCAUGGAGGAGCAGCAGAGAUGUAGUGUUCUGAUCUGGCUGAAGCUCCCAUUGCCAGUUCCACCUGAACUUCAGAGGAGGUGAAGGUAGAAUAGGGUAAAUGGAGGAAUUUUUUUUUGUUUUCAAUUCUCUAAACUACUAGUAACAGGAAAUAAAUUACAUUAGUCUCCCCACAUUUAUUCUGUUUUGCCUAUGACAGUAAUUGGUGAGUGAUCUCCCUGUCCUUAUCUUGAUGCUUGAGACCUUUUCCAUUGUAUUUUCUCCCAUUCUUCCUUUGAAGGUUGGGAAUGAGAGCAGUGUGGUGGAGUUUAGCUGCCCAGCAGGGUGAACGACCACACCAGCUAAACUUAGAGAAAAUUUAGAUUUGGGUAGUAAGAAACAAACAAACAAACAAACACAUAAAGACUAACAUAUUCAGGUAACACUUUAUAAAUCUGACUCCAUUCAAUAGAAAUGAACAUGGUCUUUAUUUUCUGUAAUGUACCAGUAGGCUGACUACAUGAAAAAUUAGACUUCUACUCUGUAAUCUCUAUUAAUCUUAGUCUCUAGUAGUCCAAAUGCAGACUUGGAAUUUCUGAAAGGUUCUGCUAUCUUGUUUCACUGUUUUAUGAAGCUCACUGGCACCUCCUAAAUUCUCUAGUCCCACUGAGCACCUUUCCCAGGUCUGUGCCCAUUCAGGUUUAAGUACCUCCACAGGUGGUGACUUCAUGGCCUCUCUGAGCAAUCUUAG